CUGUGCAUAUUUUGGAGAAUUGUUUGUUAACUUGUGGCUUUGCUUUCUAUGGCACUGUGGGGCAUAAAAAUUAGGAAAAACAAACUCGAGUGAGGCAGCUGUAUUAACCAGCAGUCCCCCCAAAUGUAACUAUUGGCUUUGCAUCUUCACUCCCCGCAGCGGAGACUGUUCGACUCAAGCUUGUGGGCUGAGUACAAGGAAUUAGAUUCAAGGAUCUUUUUCUCCUCCAUCCUUGUUUCUCUCCUAUCUGGUGUUAGGGGGUGAAAUGGGGGUGGGGGAGGGGGCUGAAGAGGAGGAGGUUUAAGCCUGGAAAAAGAAACCACAAAGUAGCAAAGACCAGCAAAGAUCCAGUUAGCUGGGUCUAAAAUGCUAAAAGAGAAUCUAGCCUAGGUAGAUUUUACAGUCCAUGUAUGCUGUCACCCUUAAGUUUGUUUUACGUUCAGGUUCCAGUUUAAGUUUUGAACAAUUUAAAUAUAAACUGGAGGAUACAAGUCUGACCACUUAGAUAGGACAUUUACACAGCAAACAUUUCCAGGAUGUUUAAGUACACCAGUGCCCUAAAACAGUAGGUUAGUGACAGUGUCCUAAGUGGAAGGUCUCAGAGGAAGAAAAACAUAGGAAAAGGAGAAGGGAGAAAGUAUAAAAGCUGGGGGGUGGGGUGGGGGUGGGGUCUUAAACUAAGUAAGCUUGGAGAAGUGCUGUUGGCACGCUUGGCGGUGGCCGCCGUUUGGGUGAGGAAAAAAUGUUGGAGCAAGAAGAAAAUGGCUUGUUUGAAAUACCAGAUUAUGAACAUGUAGAGGAUGAAACUUUUCCUCCCUUCCCACCUCCGGGCUCUCCAGAGAGAGAUCCUGCAGAAGCUGAAGCUGAUGAAGGGAGUGGAGCACCUGUUCCUGUUCCGCCAAAGAGAAUAGUUAAAAGGAAUAUACCCAAGCUAGAUGCUACAAGAUUGACUUCAGAGAGAGGGCUUCCAGCCUUAAGGCAUGUAUUUGAUAAGACAAAAUUCAAGGGGAAAGGUCAUGAGGCUGAAGACUUGAAAACGCUAAUCAGACACAUGGAGCACUGGGCGCAUAGGCUAUUCCCCAAACUGCAAUUUGAAGAUUUUAUUGACAGAGUUGAAAACCUAGGAAAUAAAAAGGAGGUUCAGACCUGUUUAAAACGAAUUCGACUUGAUCUGCCUAUUGUACAUGAAGAUUUUGUUAACAAUAACGAUGAAGUUGAGGAAACUAACAGCCUUGAUGCAGCUGCCACUGGAUUUGAUGCCUUUGUGACAAGUUCAUCUGACAGCAAGAGGUUUGCUUCUGAAGCGAGUAGAAACCUAACAGAAGAGCAGCAGCAGAGAAUUGAGAGAAAUAAACAACUGGCCUUGGAAAGAAGGCAGGCAAAGCUAUUGAGUAAUAGCCAGUCCCUAGAAAAUGACGUGACAGUUGAAGAGAGCAGUACUGGUGAGAAUCAAGAAGAGUCAAAUGGAUUGAUCUCUGCUGAUGGUCCACAUGACGUUCCUUCUGCCAGCACACAGGAAGAAGGACAGUUGGAAGCAGAGGAAACACAGCUGGACCAUCCUAACUUAGACUAAUCCAGAAAUGUUCUAAGUAGCCAACCCUCUACAGCAGAAUCCUACAGGCUUGGAGUUAUUUGUAGUUUUUUCUACUUUGUAUAAAUCCUUAAGUCUUAAGGCUUCUGUGGAUUCCUGUUUAAAAUACGAUGACUAUUUAAAUUGUUUCCUACUUAUUUUAGUAAGUCUAUUUAUUAUUUUUGGUGUUCUGUAUAAGUCUGACUUUAUAAGCUGUUUUGUAGUUUGCAUUGAAUUGUUUCUUACUAAAUUGGGUAAUGAUUAAAAUGUAAAUAUGCCCUGACUGUUAGGUCAGUUUUUAUAAAGAAAUAAAUUAUUUUGUAAGCAACAAAAAAAAAAAAAAACUAAGUAA